AUGUCUUUAUCAGAAAUUAAUAAUAUUAUUAAUUCUGUCAAAAAAGCAAUAUAUGACGUGCUAUUUGAAUAUUUUAAUUCACCACCUAAAAUUACUGUACUUGCUAGUCUUUUAGAUUCAAGAUUUAAAAAAAUGUAUGGAUGGCCUGAAGAAGUGCGUGAAAUAACAAUAUCUUUAUUAAAAAGAGAAUAUCAUUUAUUAAAAAAUGAAGAAACUGUUAUGCCUCAAAUAAAUUCAAGAAAUAAUUAUUCGACGGGCAG